UAAGCCAGUCUCACUUUGGCAGCCUCGUUAGUCGAUCGACGGAACGGAAACAGAUCAGUUCUCGGCGGCAGAGCUCUUAUCAGCAAAGACAAAAGAAAAAAAAGCCAACCCCUUAUUUCUAGAGCAUUCUUCUCGGAGUGUGUCGCGGGUGACCUAAGUGAAAGUGCAAGCUCUCGGCCAAGGAUAUUUUUAGCAGUUUGAAGAAGCCCUCGGACUGCACACGCCAGCGGCGUCAGUGAACCGUUUCUAGAACUUUCGGUGCUUUGCCUGUUUGCCACUAGCGGAAACUUGUCCUUCACUUUAGUUGAGCCAAAAUGGGUGUCCAGGACGUUCAGGAUCACGUGCUAGUUCAGUGCGACUUCGAGAUCUUCGGCCAGGUGCAAGGAUGUGGAUUCACAAAACACUGCAGAGACAACUGCUUAGCCCUUGGCAUCAAAGGAUGGGUCAAAAACUCCAAACAGGGCACCAUCAUGGGCAAAAUGCAGGGCGCCAAGGGUGAUGUCGGCAAAAUGGUUGAUUGGCUGUCGAAAACCGGUUCUCCUGGCUGCAAGAUCGACAAGUCGGAAUUCACAAACUGGGGCACGCUUUCGCGGUUCGCAUUCACAGACUUUGCGAUUAGAUUCUAAGGCACCCCCUUCCUUCGUGCUCCUCCUCCUUCUCAUCAAAUACUGCGCUUAAUUUUAAUCAAAACUGUGGCUAAUAUUAGACAAAAUAUGUGCUCUAAAACCAUGAUAUUGCUAAUUAUUUUAGCAGCCUAUUCGUGACAAUAUAAUACUGCUUGUUUUUGAGAGGAAAGGGGCGCAAAUCCCAUUGAAAAAAAGCUGUAUUUUGUAUGUAUAUUUGUUACAACUGGAUUAGAUUCUUUAUUUUACACGCUCAGAAGGCUUCUAGGAGAGGACAACAAAUCACGAACAAGCUUAUUCUAUACCGGUAUCGAAACAAACAGUGAAAGGUGAGGUGAUGGCUUCAGAUGGCCAUUCUUCAGCAGUUUUUUGUUUAGUUUCUCUUGAAAUCCGAAUAAAUUUUAUUUAGAGACAGCGCUGUCUAGCUUUUAAGUUGAACUUAUUUAAUUUACGAUAGAAGAAGAGAUAAAUUAUUAAUGAAAUAAACAGAUUUAUUACCACUUA